AUGGAUGACACUAGCUGGUUGAAGCCGUUGGUUUCACGCUUCAGCUGCGAAGGCUACUUGCUUAAUAGCGGUACUUUCAGCCAGGUUGUAGGGACACGUCAUUCCCACACGGUGUGGAACCAGACUAUGAGCUACCCAGCGUGGUAUGUGAAUUGCACGAAUGCGAAUGAAACGGUGAAAUUCAUAAAGGCUUUGGCUGAUAGUUCGCAGAAAUAUAAUCUAAAGCCGCAGAAAAACGAUUUCAUGAAUGGGAACUUGGUGAUUGCGUUUGUGAUUUCAGGAGUGUGUAUCGGUGGGUGGAUGUUAUUUUUGUUGCUUUUCUUGUUGCCGUCGACGAACCAUAAUCGGCAACACCGUAUGGUUCACUUGAACGUAUUAUACUUUUCAAUAGUGCAGUCUGUGACAUGGAAGAUGACCAACGACCAAGUUUUCGCAGUCCAGUACAAGCACAAUUCCCAAAACUCGAAUGCGUUUUACUAUGUGAUAUUCAAGUCGAGGUGGUUCCGGGUUCUGCGGUUUUUCCAGUUGCUAUUUUGUGAUAUCAACUGGGUAAUCGUUAUAUACUACCUUUGCCAGGGGAGCAAAGUGAGGUCGUGGCGGCUGAAAGGGUGGCCUGUAUGCCUCAGCAACUCCACGAACGUUAUAGUGACAUUAUCUGUGUCACUAUCGGUAUUCCACGUCAUGUUCUUUGGGAUCAAUCUCUUCUAUGCCCACCUCAAAUACCUCCUGUGGGUGCAGGUACCGUUCAGAAUAACGCAGAUUGCUCUUUUCACAAUAUUUUUGCUGGCUAUCAUACGAUAUGCUUUCUAUAGUUUGCACUCUGUGUCCUCUUCUAUGGAUAGCCAUGUUACUUCUAGAAGUCGCAAGUUCAUGAUGUUCUUGCAGAAUUACAAAGAAACUAUUCCGCUACUCAUAUACAAUAUUACAGUUUACUUGCUCCUGUACGCGGCUGCGAUCGUUCAGAUGGUGCAGAACGAGUCUCGUAACCACUGGAUCCAUUCUCUAAUCGCUUUCUUGAGAAUACUAGUGUUUGUUAACGCCUGGGGGCUCAUUGGUAAACUUGAGAAAAGAGAAAGGGAAAUUUCAAAGAAAUCGCUUUUGGGCCGGAGAAUUGAUAACAGAGACAGGUUCUUCGUCGAUCCCAAGAUCGAUUAUGUUGGGGAUAAAUCCUCAAGUAAUAAGAAAAAUAAGAAAAGACGUUUUUUCAAACCGCGUGUUAGUCUAUUCCAUUCGAAAAAAUCGUCAUCGAAUCGUGGUGAUACGGAGUCAUCAACAGAAUAUUACGGAAUGCAGGACAUGGAUGACGUUGGUCGUGCUGUCGAGUCACAGAGUUUAGAUGCCAUUGACUCUGAGAACGACAGUCUAGACACUAUGUUGACAAGAAACGUUAUUUAUGAGCAUAGUUCGAACUGGAAUGGAGAUACAGAUCUUCGCAUGUAA